AUGGAAUUCAAUCCAGGCGAAAGCGUCUUCACCACCGUGGCACUUGUCGCCCCGCUGGGCUUCGCACCCGUUGCAGUCCGGUUCCGCCUCUUCGGUAUUCUUUCAGAACUUGAUAGGCCUGUGACAGGACAGGACGUGCUUGAUGCCUAUAUCAAGGGUUUGGACGGCGCUUCUGCCGAUAUACCACCUGUGCAGCUUAUCGUCCUCGAUGACUGGACGCUGAAAGUAGCAGAGGGUACGCUCGUUGCGAUGCAGGGCCUCUCGUGGGUGACUCUCGCGGGCGAGGACCUCUUCCGCGCCAACAAGACAACGCAUUAUCUCGCGAAGACCCCGUCCGCUCUGCAUGGAAUUCUCCACUUCACAACCGAAGUCCUCCUCGGGUCGGCAUUCCUCAUGCGCAAGCUUGAAUCCACGGGCUUCUCGUACCCCUUCACACCCCUCUCAACCCCAGUCCAACACGCACACCAUCUAAUGGGCGAUAGCGAGCUGGAAAAAAUGCACACGUACAGCAUCAUGGCGGCGCAGGGGCGAAUGGACAGCUUCAACACCUUCAUGCAGGGCCGGUUCGAACCCGCGAUUGCAAACUUCGCAGAGCGCCUCGUCUCCUUCGGGUACGAUCUCAACUCUGUAGUCGAAGAGGCCAGGGCGCAAGGCCAUCCAGUGACGAUAGUCGAUAUCGGCGGCGGCCGCGGCGACCUGCUCCUGGACAUCAAGGGCUCGAUACCAGGUUUGCAAGCGCAGGAUCUAGUUCUACAAGAGCUAGAUCCCGAAACGAUGAACGUUCCCGGACUAACGGUGAUGAAAUGGGACUACGCUGCAUACGACAGCCCCCAGCCAAUCCAGGGCGCACUGGUCUACUGCCUCUCCGCAGUCCUGCAUAACCUGCCCGAUGAGAAUGCGGUGGCGCUACUGCGCAAGAUACGCGAUGCGAUGGCGCCGUACUCGCGGAUAUUGGCGCAUGAGCGGCUGAAGGAACGAGUGCCGAUGAGCCAUGCGACUAUGACCGUGCUGUAUGGAGGGCGUGAGAGGAGUGCGAGUGAGUGGCGGGUAUUGGCGGGGGAGGCUGGAUUGCAAACUACGUUUAUGGCUUGGCCGGAUGGGAGGGCUCAUGGGGUUGUGGAGAUGAGGAGGGCUUGA